AAAGCCACGAUUCAGAAUCUGAGGAACAUCUGUUUUGGCCUUGUUUCCUCCGGACGAACUCCGAAGCGUUCCUUUGACUCGAUCAAUCCAAAUCAGUCCUCAGAGGGGUCGGAGCGGCGAGCCGACGCGGAGGCGCGGAGGGUUCGCCGGAACCGGGAUGGACGUGCCGUGGCUGCUGGUGGUCCACGGGUCCGUGACGGCGCUGGUGGUGGUGUCGUUCCUCUGCGGGCAGUGGCCCAUCUUCGAAGGCACCUUCGUCCAGAGCAUCAACCACUUUCUCACCUCCGGCGCCUACCGACACUUCCUGCGGCUCGUGCAGGCGACGUGCGGCACAGGAGCCAGGGAUCUCGUGCUGGGUGUCGAGCAGUAUUGCUGCGACCGCCCAAACCCGAUCCUGCAGGUUUUUUAUGUUGCCAUAAUUGGGGGAACAUAUAUUAUAAUAGUGCAGACAUCUUUCAAGUACAUUCCUGGGUAUUAUGUGAGUGUAUUGCACAGGUACCUGAGCAUUGUCGCUGUUGCUAUUGGCGCUGUACUCUUUGUCCUCACUAGCUUUUCUGAUCCUGGGACUGUUACUUCUGAGAACGUUUCUCAAUAUCUAUCUGCCUAUCCUUUUGACAACAUUAUUUUUGUAGAGAAAGAAUGUUCAACAUGCAAGUUUACCAGACCAGCCCGGGCAAAGCACUGUAGAAUAUGUGAUAGAUGUGUUGCUCGAUUUGAUCACCACUGUGGAUGGAUGAAUAAUUGCAUUGGGGAGAAGAAUACUCGCUAUUUUGUGGCCUUUUUAGUUUGGCAUUUUCUUUUAUGUGCGUAUGGAGCAUUUAUCCUUGGCUUGAUUGUUGCUGGUGAACUAAAAGACAAGAAAGUCGUCUACAUACUGACAGUUUAUUAUGGCAUUGAGAAUUCAUUCUCUGGCCUAUUUCCCCAUGUCGCACAGUGGUUGCUUGCUGUGCAUAACACACAGAUACUUUUGACUGUAUUUUUGGGUAUAAUAGCAUUGCUUCUUGGCGGGUUUUGUGCUUACCAUAUACAUCUUUGCUUAGCAAAUACGACAACCAAUGAGACAUUCAAAUGGCAAGACUACAUCUUCUGGAUGAAAAAGGAGAACGCGGCAAAAGCUAGCGCAGCCGCACUGAAGGCGAGCGUGAGCACAGUUAGUGGUGAAGAGCGGAAAUCACCGGCAAGCAAAUGGAAUACGUUCUUCUCUAGGCCCCGAACACCAGCCGAGGAGCCAGUCGUGAAGAAUAACAUAUAUGACAUGGGCAUGAUCAGGAACCUGUGUGAGGUGAUCGUUCCUUUAUCAGAGCGGAGGUCGUUCUCCCGCAAGAAGUCAGAUUGAAAUGAACACUGCUGAAAUUGUUGUAUAACUUCAUUGUUGUAUGUCCCGUUUUAGAAUAUUGGAAUCAAUUUUGCCCUGAUGCUACAGAAUGACAUGGUGGUAGGAUCAUCGUGAUCAGGGUUAAUGCAUUUAACUGUAGGUCAGAGACUCUGAACUCGUUUGCUUCAGGAAACAAUAGUUUUAUGCUUGUCAGUUUCUAUAUCUAUCUGUGCCCUCGGGUGGUUCCCUUCAAUGUAUUUUAAAGGUACUAUUAAGAGUUUACUACAGUCAUGUGAAAUGUAAAGUGAUUUGUAGACCAAAAAAGAAAGGAGGGUUGGGAAUUAAAAACUUGAGAUAUCUUACUAUCA